UAAUAUUAUUAUGUAGUUAUAAAUUAAUUAUUUUUGGUUAUUAUAAAUUAGAUUAACAUUGAUCUUCCUAAAAUAUAUCUUUAGCUCCACCACUGGUAUAGAGUUCAGACGCGUAUUUUACUGUUCCACAUACAUCAAUAUUAACUGGACAUUGGUGUACGUGUCUAAACAUCAUUCCUGUUUGUCAUUUUCUUUGUCAUAGUGGUGAAAGACGAUUUGAAAAUUAGGAAAAUAAGUCAAAGAAGCGUAGGUAUUAGUCAUUUUAUAAGAGUAAUACUGUCUUUUCUUUUAAAUUCUAGUUUUGAUGUUUCAGAUCUCACUAGUUGACUAUAUAUUUAUAUUGGAGGCAUUUAUGACAAUCACAACUUUAACCAAUACUACAUAGUUGCUUUAACAUCUGACAAUUACUGUCUCUCUCUCUCACUCUUUUGAUUUCCCAAGCUUCAACCAAGAGAAACAAUGGUUGUAUAUCAGUCAAAUUCCACCAACAAAAGAUCCAGAGGGUUCAGAGUCAGGAGCCUCUCUCAUUUCGCUGAAAGAAGGGUUCAAAGCCAAAAGUUGCCGAGCCACGAGGACACUUACCCGGAGCCCGGUAAAAGCAAAGUGACUGAAGAGAAGCCAAGAGAGACACGAGAUGAAUGGGUGAUCUCGAUCAAAGACAAGGUGAAUAAAGCACGUGGAGACGUCACCGCAUCUACCUGGGACAAGCUCUGUAUCUACCGAGUUCCACAUUACCUGCAAGAAGAUGACAAGAAGUCCUACUUUCCUCAAACUGUAUCGCUUGGUCCCUAUCACCAUGGCAAAGAACAUCUCCUUCCCAUGGAGUGUCACAAGUGGCGUGCGGUCAAUAUGGUCUUGGAACAUACCAAGAAAGGUAUCGAAACAUAUGUUGAUGCCAUGAAAAAUCUCGAGGAGACGGCUCGAGCUUGCUACCAAGGUCCCAUUUGUAUGAGUAGUAAUGAGUUCACUGAAGUGCUUUUUCUUGAUGGUUGUUUUGUCCUUGAGCUCUUCAGGGGAACCAAAGAAGGAUUCACCGAAAUCGGAUAUGCACCCAAUGACCCGGUUUUCGCGAUGGGAGGAUUAAUGCAUUCCAUUCAACGUGACAUGGUAAUGCUAGAAAAUCAACUUCCUUUGUUUGUUUUAGACAAGUUGUUAGAGCUACAACCCGACACAGUGUACCAACCUGGAUUAGUGGCACAACUAGCGGUUAAGUUCUUCGCUCAACUAAUGCCAACGGGCGAGGAGCUGACUAAAAUGGACAAGGUAGAGUCCGUUGACUUAGUAGGUGACAACGGGGAGUUGCAUUGUUUGGAUGUUUUUCAUCGAAGUCUUUUCAAGUCUACUAGGACACCGGAUGGGAAAAGUCUUAAAAAGUCUAUGUCAUCUCGAAAACAACAGUUGAUACAUUGCGUGACAGAACUAAAGGGAGCAGGUGUUAAGUUCAGGAGAAAGAAAACCGACAAGCUUUGGGAUAUUGAAUUCAAAAAGGGUUAUCUAAAGAUACCCAAACUGCUAAUCCAUGAUAGUACCAAGUCUCUCUUCUCAAAUCUUAUAGCUUUUGAGCAGUGCCAUGCCAACUCGAGCAACGACAUAACAUCCUACGUAAUCUUCAUGGAUAAUCUAAUAAACUCUGCUGAAGAUGUUAGUUACUUGCACCAUUGUGGUAUCAUCGAACAUUGGCUAGGGAGUGAUUUUGAAGUUGCGGAUUUGUUUAACCGGCUAUGUAAAGAAGUUGUCUUUGACCCAAGAGAUAGUUAUCUAUCUAAACUUUCCGGUGAAGUGAACCGUUACUAUAGUCGUAAGUGGAAUUCUUUGAAGGCUACAUUACGACACAAGUAUUUCAAUAACCCUUGGGCAUAUUUCUCUUUCUCUGCUGCACUUGUUCUGUUGAUUCUCACAUUAGUUCAAAGCUUUUUUGCUGUCUAUGCUUAUUAUAAGCCAUCUUCUUAACUUCCGUUUUUGUUUUCGUUUUCUUGUUUUAAUAUGUUGUAUUUUCCUACUGAAAAACAACUGAUUUUAGACUAUGUUCUUUUGGAAGCGAUGUCCUAGAAAUUGUUCAUUUUGUUCAA